AAUGCGGGUGUAAGACAAAACAAAACAUAGCGUAGGUAUAAUAUAUAUUUGUAAGUCUAAAACUGGUAUUCUUUAGAUACAAUUUUGUUUUACUUUAAUUUCAUUAAGUAUUCACAGAUCGACAUAAAUUUUCAUUAAAACUUUGGAACGAUCCACGAUGCUCCUAAUUACAGUGCGGUUGGCAAAAUGACAAGCAGUGGCAUUCGAUUUGUGUGCUUUGUGGCCAUGAUGGUCCUCUUGGUGGCACCUCUGGAGGCUGCCAAGGAGGGCUUUCCCGUGUCCAUCAUCCACAUCAACGACCUGCACGCCAGGUUCGAGGCCACGGACACCUCGGGCGGCACCUGCGACGAGGGCGAGGAGUGCAUCGGCGGCUAUCCGCGCACCGUCUACACUGUGAGGAGGCUGCUCCGGGAGCAGGCGGACCUCAAUCCCAUCUACAUCAAUGCCGGCGACAGCUUCCAGGGAACGCUGUGGUACAACAUCGGUCGCUGGAACGUCACCCAGCAGCUGCUCAACAUCCUGCCCGCCGAGGCCAUGACCCUCGGCAACCACGAGUUCGACCACGGCGUGGAGGGCCUGGUGCCCUUCCUGGAAACAGUGGAGACCAAUAUGCUGGUGGCCAACAUGGACUGUGCCCACGAGCCCACCAUGGAGGGCAAGUACAACAAGUCGAUGAUCAUCGAGCGGUCGGGUCGGAAGAUUGGCCUGAUUGGCGUUAUCCUGGAGACGACCUACGAUCUGGCCAACACGGGCAAGGUGAUCUUCCGCAACGAGAGCGACACCAUCCGCGAGGAGGCGCAGCUGCUGAAGGCCCAGGGGGCCAACAUCAUCAUCGUGAUCUCGCACUGCGGCUACGAUGUGGACCAGGAGAUCGCGGCCAAUGCCGGCGACUGGAUCGACGUCAUCGUGGGCUCCCACUCGCACACCUUCCUCUACACGGGUGACCCGCCGGGUCCGCACACCCCCUCCGGGGACUACCCCACCGAGGUGGUCCACAGCUCCGGCCACCGCGUCCUCAUCGUCCAGGCCUCGGCCUACGCCCGCUACGUGGGCAACCUGGUCGUCUACUUCGACGACAACGGCGAUGUCCUGGACUUCGAGGGCGACCCGCUCUACAUGGACCAAUCCGUGCCCGAAGAUGAUAUCGUACUGCAGGCUAUGGUGCCGUGGCAAAGCGAGAUGGAGUCCUAUGCCAACCAAAUCGUGGGCCAAAGUAGGGUUUACCUCCAGCAGUACGAGUGCAGCCGUGGGGAGUGCAAUCUGGGGAACUUUUUCACGGAUGCCAUGCUUCAUGCGUUCCUUAAAGAUGCUCCAUCAACGUCCCUCGAGGAUAGUUGGAGUAACGUGACCAUAGCCCUGACGUCGCAGGGAACAUUCCGAGUGCCCAUUCCUGCUGGCAACAUCACCUAUAAGCAACUGUUUGCCAUGUGCCCCUGGCAGAACCGAUUGGUCGCCCUAACUCUCCAAGGGAAGCACAUUGUGGAGCUUCUGGAGCACGUUGUGGCGCCCAUGAACAGCAGUUCGUCCUCGCCCAGAUCCUCUCGAUUCCUGCAGGUUUCCGGUCUCCGAUUUACUAUCGAUUUGAACGCUCCCGCUGGUCGGCGCGUCUCCAGUGUUCGAGCUCGGUGCUCCAAGUGCCAAGUGCCGGAGUACACGGCACUGGGUCUGGAGGAGAAGUACCGCGUGGUGGUCAUGGAAUACCUGGCGAAUGGAAAGAAUGGUUUUGCCGUUAUUAGUGACAACGCAGAGGAUCUUGAAAUGGGUACCUUCGAUUUGGACGCCUUGAUGGACUACAUGGCCGCCGUGGGACCAAUUAUCACUGGAAUUGAGCAAAGAAUUAAACUGGUCAAAACGUAGCUUUUAUUGACAACAUCUUUGCUAGACUUAAGUCUAUUUCCUUUAUUUCGUUUUUUAUGGCAUUCUUAGGCUUUUUCACUUGGUAACUUGAUGGGUAACGCAGCUUAACUUG